AGAAAAAAAAGUUAAAACCACCUGGCAAGACAAGUUAAAACCUUAUUAACAGUGAGGUCUUGCAUGAUGCAUAUAUAGAUCGGCGUUCGUAAAGGCAGUCUGAUCCAGAUUUGAAAUCUUUUUCUUUUCUAGGGAUGUCGGAAAAGGCUAUGCUGACGGAGGAGGAACCACUUAAUAAGAAUGGUGCAGACAACAACAAGGGUGGAAAGCUUCGUUUUAUUACUUCCUCUGGAGCUGUAAUUGUUCCUGAUGCAAACCCCUUCAUAAGCGACAAGUCUCGUCGCGCACUUGCAUCACUCCAGGCUUAUCUAGACGCCGCCGGGGGUCACCACGCUCCUCCGGUGCUUCCUGCAGCAGCUGAUGUCGCUAGCCCACAUCUACAUAUUGGUAAAAAGGAACAUCUGAGGAAUCACCGUACCAAAAAUACUGGAGUACAUUUACAGAGGCGUUGCUUACAAAAAUUACACCACUGAAGGAGCUUCUUGAUAUAGUUCCAGACGUGGGAUCAAUGCCAUGGAUGAAUAAGUCUGUCAUAUGUUUUUUUUUUUUUUAGGUUUAAACGAUGUUCAAACAUGCGACUCUAAAUCCAGUUAUUUAUUUGUUAUCAACUUAUGCUAAGAUUGUUCGAUUAGCAGAA